CUCCGGGCUAAGCCGGUAGCGGCGGCAGCGCCGGGUCCCCAGAGCCAGCCGGGGCCCGCUGCAGGACGAUGGCUUCUAUCACUGAGCGCACCUUCAUCGCCAUCAAGCCUGAUGGGGUCCAGCGGGGUCUGGUGGGAGAGAUCAUCAAGCGGUUUGAACAGAAAGGCUUCAAACUGGUGGCCAUGAAAUUCAUACACGCCUCUGAAGAACUUCUGAGGGAGCACUACAUUGACCUGAAGGACCGGCCAUUCUACGAUGGUCUGGUGCAGUACAUGCACUCCGGCCCUGUGGUAGCCAUGGUGUGGGAAGGUCUUAAUGUGAUUAAGACAGGAAGAAUGAUGCUGGGGGAAACCAAUCCAUUCGAUUCAAAGCCUGGCACUAUCCGUGGUGACCUCUGUGUUCAGGUUGGAAGGAACAUCAUUCAUGGAAGUGAUUCUAUCGAAAGCGCUGAGACAGAGAUCAAUUUAUGGUUUGCUCCUGAGGAGCUCGUUGAUUACCGAAGCUGUGCUCAUGAAUGGAUCUAUGAGUAAAACCAAGCCUGCUCCUGCUGAUAUCCUCACUGCCUGUGAGGAGCUGCCAGCCUGUAGCUACUACAGAGCCCCGCAUAUAAACCGUUAGAAACCUGCCUCAGACACCUGUGAGAUCGCUUGGUUGUGAAUAUUAAAUAUAGCCAGUGUUUGCUGCUGCUUUGGUUAAAAAGCUGCCAGGUUAGAAAUGGAAAUGCACUUUGAUAAAGCUGCUUCUGGGGGUGAGAGUGUGAGAUUAAAACACAGAGCAUAUAAUAUGUGUAUUUUUCCCAAAAUACUCUGUAGACAAGGGGGGUAUUUUGAUAAAUAGAAAAAAAAAGGUGAUUAUUGGGUAAAUAAAUACAUAAAUGGCUCAGUGUCAAAGGUUAACAUUGUUAAAUUGUUACGGGAGAACUAGUAAUACGUUGAUAACGUGCCCAAAUGUUGCAGAUUGAACUUGAUAUCAAGUGAAGUGGGUCCCUGUGCUCAAUACACUGCAGAAGAAAGGGUAUUUAUUUCUCUCUGCAGUGUGCUGUGCCCAUACACAGAGCAGAGCUUUGAGUAAAAUGAGAACUUUCCUCUGGGUCGACACCCUUUUAACUGGCUUUGGUUCCCCCACAUGGGAUUUAUUUAGCAUUUUAGGGGAGGAUUAAUAGGCCAAGCUUCCUAAAUGCCCUUUUAUGUGAAAAGAAGAUUAAUGGGAGGAUGGAUGAAGCAGAUCUACCUUCAAGCACUUUACUCUAGCAGUCUUCUGGCAACAGCAUCAUGGUUUGCUUUACUGACUGAACAGCUGAUAACAGAGCUAUGUUCUCAUUUGUGCUCUUAGUUGGAAUUACAAAGCUGCUUUUGGAUAAGGUAUUUGAGAAGUGACUUUAGAAUUAGUUUUUGUAAACUUAUCCAAUCAUGUAAAGAAACAGAGUUGUAAUAAUGCUGAAUGUGUUGCAGUAGAGGCAUCUGUUCCUAUCAGAAAACAUAAUUAACCUCUGGCAGAACUUUUCACAACAAAUACUCACUAGAUAAGGAACAAGAAAUGUGUUGGGGUCAACAUGAUCUACCUGCAACCUUGUAUUCAAUAAAAGCAAGAGUUUCAUUAAAUCAGUUGUCCAAACUCCUACAUGUUUUUUCCUAUAGUGAAUUGUUUCAAUUACUGAGCUGUGUAAUGAAUGCUGAAUCAAUGCUUGUGAUACUUGAUGAAGAUACCCAGCUCCUAAAAAGAGACAGUGCAUAAUAAAACAACACUUGCUGUUUCUCAA